CAAAUCAUAGGAAUCAACGAACAGAACAUAAGCCUCGCGUCUUCCAUAAACCAAAGCCAAAGCAACUCGACUAAUAAUUCCAUUUUCUCUCUUUUUCUUUUUCUUGCCUUUUUUUUUUUUUUUUCUUCUCCUCCUUCACCAAUCCAUUACCUUCAGUCGUGAUGUUAACCCUCGAAUCAAACCAGCUCCAGCAGCUCAAGGAAAUCUUCAUGCACUUCGACAUGGAUGGCGACGGCAGCCUGACUCAACUAGAGCUCGCCGCACUUCUUCGUUCGCUCGGCCUCAAACCUUCCGGUGACCAGAUCCAUGUUUUGCUAUCAAAUAUGGACGCAAAUGGCAAUGGGUAUGUGGAGUUUGAUGAAUUGGUUACUGCUAUAUUGCCUGACAUGAACGAAGAAGUCUUGAUCAACCAGGAGCAGUUAUUGGAGGUUUUUCAAUCAUUUGACCGUGAUGGUAAUGGAUAUAUUUCAGCAGCUGAGCUUGCAGGUUCCAUGGCUAAAUUGGGCCAUCCUUUAACGUAUCAAGAGCUAUCUCAGAUGAUGAAUGAAGCUGAUACAAAUGGAGAUGGCGUCCUUAGUUUACAUGAGUUUGCUCAUAUCAUGGCAAGAUCUGCUGCUGAUUUUCUUGGCCUUGCCCUGCAGGCAUAGCCAAUAUACUUAUGAUUGUUGAUACGUUUGAUACAUUUCUACUGUGUCAUCAAUUAGAAAAUCUAGACUUUUGGGGGGUCUCAAGUUUCAAAAAAUGGCUAUGUAGCUGGUUCUUAAUUUUCAGAAAUGGUGAUGGAUGAUCUUGGUUUUCUCA